CACCUAUAUUUCUAACCUGUUUUAUAUGACGCUACGUUUCAGACUGUAAAAUUUAGCAUUGUAUAAUAUUGGUAAAUUGAUCUGAUCUAGGAAGUUCAACGGUACCUUGCUAAACUAGACCUUUCAAAGCCAUCAAGAUGCUACCGUUAUCAUUACUGCGAACCGCUCAAAACCAUCCAAUGCUGGUAGAACUUAAAAACGGCGAGACCUACAACGGGCAUCUGGUUUCUUGCGAUAAUUGGAUGAAUAUCAACUUGAGAGAAGUAAUUUGCACAUCACGAGACGGUGACAAGUUCUGGAGAAUGCCCGAGUGCUAUAUUCGCGGUUCUACGAUCAAAUACUUGCGUAUUCCUGAUGAGGUUAUUGAUAUGGUCAAGGAAGAGACGCAAGUGAAAUCCCGAGGCUUGCGCGAGAUCUCCAAAGGGCGAGGAGGCGGCAACAUGCGCUCGGCGCGCGGCGGCGCACGCGGGGCCUUCGGCGCGCGCCGCCCCGCCCCGCCGCCGACACACGCCCGCCAACCCAACCAGCAACCAAGACCCAUGAAGAAGAAGUAGAAUAUCUUAGCUAGUUUUCCAUAUUUCUCAAAUACAGAACAGAUUAGCUCUUUUAGACCUGUGAGCUGGAGCUGUGUUCACGAUGACAAUUGUCGUAUUUGCCGAUAUACGAUUUUCAUUAUGACUAGGCCCCCUGAUAUCUCCAAUGCAAUGCUCUAAUUUGUAACCAUUUAUUAACCUCUUUGAACGCCAGACGGCGAAGGAACUUUAAGAAGUCCCGCGUAAGUCCCUAUUGCAUUGGUGAAGCUGACGGCUGUAGCCGUCAUUGGCAUCCUUGGCAAGACUCCGAUGACGACCACAGCUGACUGUGCGGGUCAAAAGGUUAAAUAUAAAAUAGGUUACGAAAUAUUGUGAUCCUCGUACGUAACUAUUAGUCGACCAACUCUGCACGGCGUUUACAAUAACAAAGUGUAAUAAUGUCAUUAUUAGUGUUAAAAUUCUAUGAAAAUAUGCUGUUUAUAAUGGCAUUCCCUUACUUCUGUUCAAAUCGGUGCUGUUAGCAUGGAGUCUAAUAUGACGUCAUUACACUAUGGUGUUUAUUGUUUAAUUUAAUUAUUAAUAUAAGGUUUUUGAUUAU